AGGGGGGUGGCCCAGUCAGCUCUGCCCGGCCCAGGUGGGAGGAGUUUGGCGGCGGCGGGCGCGGUGGCGGAGGCGGUCUCCCGCUCCAGCUACUGGGAUGGAGUAGAAGCACGCCGGGCGCUGUGGGAUUCGCGGCUGACGCACCCGUGCCGCGCUUGCCUCGCCUCCCCGCCGGCAGCCAGAGCUUCUUGGGUGGAGCGCGCCUCCCCGCUCCCACCGCAGCCCGCCGGGCAGAGGAGGAAUCAUUCGCCCCUUGCGCUCUGUCAGUCCCUGCAAACUGUCCCGCCGCCGGCGCCGAGAUUGGCUCCCGGGUACCAUGAUCUGCAAGACUCUCUUCGCCUUUUGCAUCUUCACGGCAGGAGUAAGGGUACAUAGUGUGCCUACAUCAGCUUCCUUGCCUGUUUCUCUUCCGGCAAAAAUUACUCUGCCGACAGCCAUCUGGACUAGUUCUCCGCAAAGCAAUCCUGCAGCCACUGUCUCCCCUACCAGUGGCACACACAGCAAUUCAUUACUACCAAUUACAUCACUAGCCCAAACAGUUCCACCUUCCAGAAACAUUUCUAUAUUGUCCAAAGAAGAGAUCACUAGCCCAGCUUCGAAUUGGGAAGGCACAAACACAGACCCUUCACCUCCUGGAUUCUCGCCAACAAGCAGCAGCGUCCCUUCUUCAAGCACCCCUGUUGAGCACAGCUCAGGCAUUCCUGAAGCAAGCGUGCCAGCUACAGGGUCACAGUCACCUGCUGAGUCUCCUACACACACCUCGCCUCAGGCUCCAGCUUCAUCACCCUCAAUCCCAUUCACCUCACCACCUGAGGCUUCUUCUGCCAAGGCCACCACUGAGCACAGCUCAGCUGUGACCAGGACCAAGCCCACGGGAGCCCCAAUCCCACCGGAGUCCCAAGCAGAGGAGCACAGCCCUGGCCCCACACCCACUCCACGUACCACAGCUGAGCCGGUGGCCAAGGAGACAACGCCCCAAGCAACUGUGCCUGCCAGGGUGACCUGUGAGCUGAUAGACACCGAAACCACCACCGCCUCCCCCAGGGUGAUCAUGCAGGAAGUGGCGCAUGCAUUAAGUUCAGGCAGUAUUGCCGCCAUUACUGUGACCGUCAUUGCCGUGGUGUUACUGGUGUUUGGAGUUGCAGCAUAUCUGAAAAUCAGGCAUUCCUCCUACGGAAGGCUAUUAGAUGACCAUGACUAUGGAUCCUGGGGCAACUACAACAACCCUCUCUAUGAUGACUCCUAACAAAGGAACGUGGACUGGGAUAAGGAACAACUUUAUAAGUGCUUACCCAGUAGAAUUUAUAACAAGUACCAGAUGCGCACUGAACGACAAUCUUAAGCCCUGUUUUGUUGGUGAUUGUUUUUUUUUCUCCCUCUCCUCUGGCUUCCACAACUUCCCCUUUCUGAUACAGAAAGAACCAUUAUUUAAAGGUGAAUCAAGGCUGACUUGCAGCUGAAAUGGGUCAAAAUGGAGCCAAUCCAGUUCCAUCAUGGUGGAGGCUUCUGUUCCUGCAACAGGACCCACUUGGAGAGGAACUGAGGGAGAGGGAUUGAAAAAAUAAUUUUGUUGGGGUUACUUUUGAGGGAGUUUUUUAUUUGUGGUAUUCCUUAAAGCUUUAUCUAGGAAAUUGCAUCAAAUGUCAUUGAGGGGAAAGGAAAUGAGUACUAAGAGGCACUCACUCUGCAUGUGAGGAAGCAGGGGUUUCUCAGGUUCCAGUUUAAUCUCUGUUUAUCUGGUUUGUGUUUGACAGGAAACCUGCUCAGCUCUCCAAGCUCUAUAGCUUCUUUGCUGCCUAAUUAUUGAAAGAUGAAAAUAGAAAGUGCCCUGGAGGAAGCCAAGAGGCCAAGAGGCAGAGUAGCAGGUUGCUAGCAGAUCUCAGUGUGCCCUCUACCUGUCCCCCCCUCCAGGUCACCCACCCCUGCUAAGGAUGCUGGUACUCCUCAACUUCACCUGGAAGUUUUCAGUGGAGUUGUAGUUCCAAAGGAUAAGGUUAUGAGAGGAGCUUAUUAUAGAAGAGAAAGGGAGAAGACUGUGGAAUGAGCAUAUGGUGGGGAGAUGGGGUAUGUGUGUAAGUGUUCAAGGAAUGCAGGAGUGCAGGAGGGGAGGAGCUAACAUAUAUUGAGUAGCUCAUUAGGAAAAGUGGGAAUAAGCUCUCCAUGACUGUCAGACAUCCACUCCUUGAGGGAGCCCAUGGAAUCCUUGCUUUUCACCCUUAAAGCAACUGGUUCACUGCCUGGGUCUGCUGAAUAAUGGUUGUAAACUGUUUAAAAAGGAAAAAAAAAAAAAAAGAGGGAGAGAUUGGCACCAGAGUAUCAAUAAUUGCUCAGUGAGGCAUUUCCAUAGGAAACUGACAUUAUGGUUAAUCCCUUUUUCCUUCUUAUACCCUUUUCUUACUAAUUCUUCCCUUUAGUAGCUGAACAUCUCUGGGUAUAUAGUAGUCUUAAAAUCCUCCAUAAUGAAUUUUGAGAAAGAACUAAUAAUCUUUGUAGGCAUCUGUUUGUUGCAUCAGUUCUCAACCAGGAGGCAAUUUUACCCUCCAAGGGACAUUUUUUAAUUGUCACAAGUAGGGGAGUGCUACUAACAGGUAGAGACCAGGGGUGCUGCUAAACAUCUUAGAACACACAGGAUAGUCUCCCACAACAAAUGUUAGUAGUGCUGAGGUCGAGAAACCCUAAUUUAUCGUGAUGCCUACUGUGAACAGAACAAGACAUUCAAAGAUGAGUCAUACUUUUUUAACAAAACAAAAUGAUUUGUCAAGUUUUUAUCUUGAAAGUGCUUAGUUUGUUGGUUGGUGGGUUGUUUUAGCAUGCCUGGUCGCCUUUUUAUUUCUAUGUGUUUUCUAAAGAGCUUUAUUUUAUGACUCUGACACUGUCCUCCUGUAACACCUGGUAUUAGCAACCAGCAACUUACGUCCUGAUUUCAUAUAGUAGAAAACAUACUUUGGGUUCUUUUUCAAAACGUGCUCUAUUGUCCCACAAUGUCAUUAAAACUGGGUCAGCUUUUAUUUCUAAGCUUGGGCCUUGCUGCCGUGACUCUUGUUUAGUUUACAGAAACUUGACCCUCAGCUCAUCUUGUCACUUGCUCUGGUCCAGCCAAGUACUGACAUGAAAACCACUGCUGCAGUGCUUUUCUAAGCCUCUCUGUUGUCAGAGAUACUGGGAACAGGGCCCUUGUCCUUAGUCUGCCCCCCUGCACUCUAAAUGAGGCAUUAUUCCUAAACACCCUAGUAAGGUGCCAAAGGAGAAUGAAUAACCCCCAGAGUUAUUUUAUAACAGGAGGGAUAGUGAAGAGUGGGCUUCUAGGAAUUAUGAUAUCUCUGGAUAUUUAAAGAAACGUGAACCUUCUCAGACAGAAAUGGUGAGGAAUGUCCAAGGAUGCCCUCUGGCUGUCCUUGGUUGUGUCAUCUUGUACUUGGUCCCUCUUCCCCACCUCCACCCCUUUCACAGAGUUUUCAGUUUGGCAAAGGACAAGUUGACAAUAACAAGAUAUUCCAUUUGUUUUUGUUUUUUGUUUUCUUUUUCUCCCUUGGGCAAAAACAUUUUGACUAAGUGUCCAUAAAACACCUCCUUGGAACAGCGCAUUGCUGGAUGUUGUUUCUAUCAUAAAUACGGGGUCAGACUCAGCAACAGCAUCUGAUUGGUUUGUUGCUCUUAUUAACUUCAAAAUCCUUAUGGUGGAGAGAGGGAGCUGGGCCUAAAGCUAGGUAACAGUCUCCCAUAAAAACUCUAAUGCUCUUUAUCAUGUUAGAAUAAAAUACCUAUAGGUUGAACCUUAUUUUACCAAAUUAUUUUCUGCUUCUGAGUUGGCCAAAGGAUUUUAGCAAUUGUAUUCUGCAAAUGUUACUUACACACACACGCACACGCACACUCACAUCUGAAAUAUAGGCCAAUAAUUGAUGUCAUUUACCUCAGGGAGAGCGUCUGUUCAGGUCUACCCAGGGGAAGUGGCUCCAGUGGCUCUGCAUGAACUACACCUCAUCUGUGAAUAGGACUAGUCCUAAACAUUUAGAGAGAACAUCAGAGCAGUUAAGAGGCAAGUGGCGUCUUCUAGACAAUAGAGUGCAAGUUCAUUUAAGAGUGUGAUUCAACUUACUUUCUUUUCCCCUUACCCUGAUGAAAUCUCCUGCCUUCUCUAAACUUGUUUCUUCGUUUCUAAAAUAGAGUGAUGCUUUCAUAUUGACCUCACCCCACACUACCUCACAGAUGCAUUGUGAGGAUUAAUGAAAUCAUGUCUACAGUGUUUCCAUUUUCUGGACAAAAUAUUUAUAGGUAUUUUAAGUAUUACAUAAAUAUGUAAGUGAUAUUGGUUUCUUGUUUGCUGUUAUACUGGCAUGUUGUUUCUACUUAAAUCUGUGGAACUACAGUUGCAUCAUGGCCACAUGAGACAGCUCUGGACCACCCCCAGUGCAGUCUCUGACUGCAGGGUUAACCAGGCCUGGGGCCUAGAAUGAUGAUUUCCAUCUCCAAAAGAAAGGAUAGUCCAGGAUAUGGGUCUCACAAACUCUUAAGUCAGGAUCUGGUAAGUCAGGGUAGCACAGUGUGGAUAUACAAGCAACGAAGACAUUGACUUCUGGCUUUUACCAUGCUGGACUCUCAUAGGUCCUUUGCCAGAAUUGAUUUUGGUUUGAUAUCAUCUGUUUUCCCCAUAUCUUGCUUGCCAGGAUACCUCGUUCAAUCUCUGGCAUCUGGGAAAUGACUUUUGCAAUUGAGCCGGAUGCUAAUUUGCACGUUGAUUCACCUUCUUUGCCUUUAACCUUUUUCUUUUUUUUUUUUUGGCAAAUGAAUGUAUCACUUCAACUUUGAUUUUUAAAGUCGUAGUUGAUAUUGGUAACAUUGCUAACCAAGAGACCAAUGUCAGAUUGUUUUCUUGGGGUGUGUUAGCCAACAAUAUCAAAAGAUGGGAAGACGUGUAACUUCUUUGAUAUCUGAUGUCACUGUAUCCACAUCUGUUGUAAGACAUAUUGCAUACCAAUUGUAAUUAUAUUAAAAUUCUUUAAAGCUUGCA